GUAACUAAAUAAAAAAAACACCAACUGCCUGCAAGAUGUCACAUCUUUCAUCCAGCACAAACACCCACAUCUUUCGUUCGCUGUCGUCGGAGAGUCAGAAAAAAGAUUGGUCAAAACGUUUGUCCUUGCGUGGCAUACGUCAUGGUGCAGCUGGCAAUAGUCCAUCAUCUGCCAAAGAUGAUUGCAAAAAACACAAAUUUUUCAAUCGUUCCUCUUCGCUGAAGCAAUCACCUAACACUGCUAUACAACAGCCAUCAUUGGAUUUGGGUGUUGGUGGCCAGACAAGCACCACAGCGUCACAGUCUGGCUCCCAGCAAGCGUCGACGCCAAAGAAAUCAAAUUGGGAAGUAAUUGAACAUUUUAAUACGAAUGCCAAAGGUGGUAAAGCUGUUGUUAGCAGUAGUCUAAUUGCGGCUGGUAUUACACGUUGCAAUAUUGAUGAAUCGAUUGAUUCAACAAAUUCCAGUUCAACCUGUCAAAGUCCAAUGACAAAUCAACGUGAUGAAGCUCAUCUCCUGCAACAAAAUUAUGAUUCAUCGGACACAGGACGUAAUAUUGAGGCCAAUACAAAUAUGAAUGCAAACCUCAGUCCAACAAUAUCCUUUUGGUUUCGUUUGAAUCGCAUCAUCUUACGUUUGUGUAGCACGCAUCAAUUUAAAAAUCUACAAGUGGAAAUGUUAUAUCAACGUUAUUUUCUGCGCAUGAAUCAAAGUAAUACCACACAUAUACUGGUCCUAUUAUUAGCGCUUAUUUUGGCGCUAUCAAGUGCUCAUAUCGUUUUCACAACCAUGCAAGUGAAACGUAACUUUUCGACAACUUUUCACGAUGAUAUUGUAAAUGUGGCUGGCAACAGCAAUAAAACUAAUAUUAUGGCCGCAACCCAACUAUUUAUACCUGGUCAACAAAUCAAGGAAGAGGGGGAGGGGGAGGCGGCAGCCGUGUCCGCCGAACAACAGAAAGUAACAAAAGAUGAUAAAUUUAUAAUAUCCGCUUUGCAACGAAACAUGGAAAUACUCUAUCAAUUACCACCAAAAUUUAAUUUAACAGCAACUACAGCAAAUGCCAAAUACUAUAGCAAUCAAAUUGCUAAGACGAAAACAAAAAGUUUUCAAUCUUAUGCCAACUAUAAUGUUGUGAAUAAGCCUGGUGGUAAUGGGGCAGGUGAAAUUAAAGACGCUGAAAAUGAUGAGGAUGAUAAUGAUGAUGGUGUGGAAGUCGAUAGUAACCACAAGCCAACCUCGUUAAUAUUGCACAAGCUACCAUCCUUACAAGAAUUUAUAGCAAAUGCCAAAGUUACUACUACAACAAUAGUAGAAGCAGCACAUUCAGCAACUGUCAACAGAACAUUACAGGAGCAAUAUCAGCAACACCAUUCCCCUCAACAGCACCAUCAUUAUACUCAACAUUCUAAUCAUAAUUUCUUACACACAAACAAACAACAGACGAGUUCAUCAACUGAUGCUGAUGAUGAUGCUGAUUAUCAUUAUUACCAGCAUCAUGAAAAACGCAAUCAUAAUGAUUAUGAAACAACUAAAAAUAAUAAAAAUUACAGCAAAUAUACAACUAUACAACGACUUGAGCAAGGACAUGAAAGACGGCAACAGCAGCAACAAGUUACUACAACUACUACUACCAUCACUACUUUGCACCAGCAGCUCCAUGGAAUAUCAAGGGAAAUUGUUGAUGCCAUCAGUGGACCAAAUCAGGAGCGAGAAGUUGAGGGGAUAAAUACAAAUAUAAAUACUUUUGUAGUGGCAGGUGACAAGCAAAAAGAAGAGAAUGUGUUAAAUGAAAAAAAUAAAUAUGAUGUAAAGAAUAAAGUUGAUGACUUGAUACAAUCAAAUGUAAACAGUAAUGAAAACAAACAACAGUUACAGCAGCAACAGGAACCGAAGAAGGAGCAACAGCAUCAUCAACAAUGGCAACUAAAUAAAAAGCGUAAAAAGAAAAAUAUAUUAAAUAUUAAUUCAUAUGAAAUUGAAAAUGAAAAAACCAAUCAUAACAAAAACAAUCAAACAAAAAUACAUCAUCAUCAUCACCAGCAUCAGCACCAUGGGCAACAACAUAAACAACACCCAAAUGACAAUGAUGAAGUUUAUUUGUAUGAAAACAACGUCAACAAUAUCGAUACUGUCACGCAAAAUUUAUCAAUCGACUACAACAACAGCAGCAGUAGCAUCAACAGUGAGAAUGUGGCCAAUGACAAUACCAUUUAUACUCAAAAUAUUUUGGUCACAAAAACUUUUGACAGCCAAAGCAAAGGUCCCAUUAGCUCAAGACUUCAGGCAGAUGCUGUGGCAGCCGAAGAAAAAGAAGGAGAGCUAGUAAGUGAGGCAGAAAAUGAAAACCUUAAAGUAAUAGAAGACGAAGAUGAUGCUGCCGCAGAAGAAGCAAAUGUAGUCAAUCAAUUUGAUUUCAUGUUGGCCGUCAUUCAGGAAAUUGAUGAAAAAAUGCUAGUUUUACUUAUUGUCAUGACCAUUUGCGUGUGUGUUUAUUCAUUUUUGUUGUGCAUUUUGGCAAAACCCGCCAUGAAUGAGAUUUUUUUAGUGCUGGUGUCUUAUGUCAUUGUUGGCACAUUUGUGGCAAUACAAAUAGCUGUGGGAUAUGCAACAUUGCCAAGUAAAUCAUUUAAUGGCACUGUGUGCAGUGUAAUUUUCAUUUACAUGACAUACACCAUGUUGCCACUACGUUUACGAGAAUCAUUAGUUGGUGGCAUCAUACUUUCUGCUACACAAAUCUAUACAAGUUUGCGUUAUGUAGAGGACACCUACCAGUGGCAAGAGUUAUUUAGCUCGUUAAUGGCUUUAUUUUUAUCCAAUCUGACCGGCAUUUAUACGCACUGGCCGAAGGAGAAGGCACAGCGGAAAGCUUUCAUUGAGACCAGACAAUGUAUAGAGGCUCGUUUGCGUACACAACGUGAAAAUCAACAACAGGAACGUCUUUUAUUAUCGGUAUUACCGCGACACGUUGCCAUGGAAAUGAAAGAUGAUAUCGCAGGACAACCGCGUGACACACAAUUCCACAAGAUCUACAUACAAAGACACGAGAAUGUCAGCAUUUUAUUUGCUGAUAUUUGCGGUUUCACAAGUCUGUCAGAUCAAUGUACGGCAGAGGAAUUGGUGCGUCUGCUAAAUGAACUGUUUGCAAGAUUUGAUCGAUUGGCCGCAGAACAUCAUUGUUUACGUAUUAAAUUAUUGGGUGAUUGUUAUUAUUGUGUCUCAGGGUUACCAGAACCUAGACCGGAUCAUGCUCAUUGUGCUGUGGAAAUGGGAUUGGAUAUGAUUGAUGCGAUAGCUUUGGUACGUGAGGUGAUGGCGGUUAAUGUCAAUAUGCGUGUUGGCAUCCAUACUGGACGUGUACAUUGUGGUGUUCUGGGUUUAGUAAAAUGGCAAUUUGAUGUGUGGUCAAAUGAUGUGACAUUAGCAAAUCAUAUGGAGAGCGGUGGCAUACCAGGACGUGUUCACAUCACCAAGGAAACGUUAAAGUGUUUGGAUGGUGACUAUGAAGUAGAGCAGGGUAAAGGGGAAGAACGUAAUUCAUAUUUAAAGGAUCAUCAAAUUGAAACAUAUCUCAUCGUACCAGGCGACAUUUAUAGGCCGCAUAAAAAGUCACGUAAUCGCUUGCAAGUGAAUGGCAACAUAUCGAAAGAAUUGCGUAUGAUGGGUCAUGGUAGUAUGCAGAAAAAUAGUUCCAAAUUCGGUUUCAAUGACAAUAGUGAAUCAACGAAAGAUCCCGAAGACGAAGUCAAUGAAUAUCUAAUGAGAGCUAUAGAUGCUCGCAGCAUUGAUCACUUACGAUCGGAGCACUGCAAAUCUGUACUAUUAUCCUUUAAAGAUAAUUCGCUGGAAAGAAAGUAUGUUACCGAACCAGAUCGCAUGCUGAGCGUAUAUUUUAAUUGUAGUUUUAUAGUAUUAAUUGGCACCACUGUCAUACGACUGUGUGUCUUUCAGAGCAAUGUUUAUACUGUAGGCAUUUCCUGUUUAGCUGUGGCUGUUAUGUUUCUCAUAUCCUUGGUGGUGGCAUGUCAUGAUCUCAAUGUCAAACUUCCGACUGGCAUCAAAGAGUUUUCAUUACAAAUUCACAGCAAUCGCAUGUUGUCGCAAUGUUUUGCAUUUUUAACAGUUGCAUUGAUUGCACUCACGACGGGACUAUCGAUGUUUCAAGAAAUUCUACUUAAUGCCACAACACCCACAAGUCUGAUUAGUGCUGAAUUUAGCAACUUUAAUAACAAUAGCAGCAGUAGCAGUACCAGCAACAGUAUUAGUAGCAGUAGUAGUGGUAGUGUUAGCAACAAUAAUACAUCAUUAUUCACAGAUGAUAUAAAUUAUGAAGAUACAAUAAAAAUAUUAGCAACAGCAACAGCAACAUUAACAAUGACACCACCCACCGAUGAAGCAACAGCAGGUGCAAAAUUCAAAAACUUUGACUGUGAUUAUUAUUUAGCCAUUAAUACCUUUUUGUUGCUGACAUUACUCUCCAUGAUGACCUGUGCCACUUAUCAAGUUCUACGCAUCUUGUUGAAGUCAAUUUUAUUGUUGAUGGCCUCGGCUUAUUACAUUGGAUUUUCCAUUUAUUUUCUUGUCCAAGAGGAAAUUCAUUUAAAGUUGGACAAUGAAGAAGCACUAUUGCGUUAUAUAAUUGAUUCAAUUUUCCUUUUUGCUUUUAUGGUUGCAUUGAUUUUUCACAGCCAUCAAACGGAGGCAACGUAUCGCUUGGAUUUUAUUUGGAAACUACAAGCCACGGAGGAAAAGGAAGACAUGGAACAUUUACAAGCGUACAAUCGCAAACUGCUGGAGAACAUUUUACCCGUACAUGUGGCUGAACAUUUUCUGAGUCGUGAUAAAAAUAUUGAUGAUUUAUAUCACGAACAAUGCGAUAGUGUUUGUAUUUUAUUCGCUUCGAUACCAAACUUUAGUGAAUUCUAUGUAGAGCUGGAAGGAAAUAACGAGGGUGUCGAAUGUUUACGUCUGCUCAAUGAAAUUAUAGCGGAUUUUGAUGAAUUACUAAGUGAGGAACGUUUUCGUUAUAUUGAAAAGAUUAAGAGCACAGGAGCUACGUAUAUGGCUGCCUCCGGUUUAACAGCUCAGACCUGUGAUAUGGUGAAUUAUAAGCACAUAACAGCCAUGGCGGAUUAUGCUCUGCAAUUGUUUGAUAAAAUCGAAGAGGUCAAUAUGCAUUCGUUUAAUAAUUUUCGUAUGAGAAUUGGCAUCAAUAUCGGUCCUGUUGUGGCGGGUGUAAUUGGUGCCCGCAAGCCUCAAUAUGAUAUCUGGGGUAAUGCCGUGAAUGUUGCUUCGCGCAUGGACUCUACGGGCUUAGUCGAUCAUAUACAAGUCACCGAGGAAACUUAUCAAAUUCUAAAGCCACGUGGCUUCGAGUUGACUUGUCGCGGCAGUGUUAAUGUCAAAGGCAAAGGAUCCAUGAUCACGUACUUCCUCAAGGGUAAAUCAGCCGAAGACAAAAUACAAAAUCAAACUUCACUACCGGCAGAAAUUAUAAUGGAAACAACGACAGUGGAGAAUGAAACAAAUCCCAAUGGAGACAUUGUUAAUUUGGACACAAAAACUGAGGACAGCAAAUGUCCACCCGAAACAUUGGCGCUAUCAAAACAAGUCAGUAGUAAUUUAACCGAAUCGGAAGAUUUAUCACCCGAUAUUGAUCUCAAUUCAAAUAUGAGCAAUUUAACAGCACAACGACGCAAAUCACUGUGUAGACAACACAAUAUUUCCUCAUCCUUUGGCACAACGGUGAGUUCGAAUACCUCGGUAACGCCGUGCAUAUCGAAUAGUUCAAGUGUUAUAACCAUAGGCACUCUACCGACCAUAGCCAAAAACAAUUCCUCCUCCAUUGAGAACACCUCUGAGGGUAAUAGUAUAAUGAGCAAAGCUAAUUUCCUGCCACGCACGGCCCUGGAUGAGUUGAAGGACGGUGAGACGGAGAGUGACAAGGGUACGCAUAAAAAUUCCAUAGAAAAUUUAGAAAUAUUACUCAAAAAUAAUAUAAGCCUCUCAGAUCUUAAUAACAAACAACAACUGAACCUGAGAGCCACAGAGGCAACACGUAAUCCCUAUAAAACAGCUACAGUUGUCAAUUUUAAAAGCGAGACUGUAGCGAAAAGAAAGCAACGUUCCGUUACCGCUAUUACGGCAACCAUGACUAGCAGUAGCAAUCAUGCAUCCUCAUCACCCCAACGUUAUUCGGAUACAACGCAUUUGUUGAAGGACUCUUCAACACUGACCCCGCCACAUUCGCCAACACAUUUAAACGAUACUAACGAUACAUUUGAAACACCUUGCCAACUAACAUUCUCCUCUCAAUCAUGUACCACCUCACCUGACUCCAAAGCCAUAUGGUUAAAUCUAAAACCCCAUCAUCAACAUCUAAACCAACAUCAAUCUCAUCACAAUCAUCAUACAACUAUGAAAACAUCACAAUCCUUAAGUCCUCUGGGUCUCUAUACCGAAGUCAUCAAUAUACCCAACUCACGCAGUAUGAUUGUUAUAACAACAGCUCCCAACUCAGCAGAAGAUGCCAUGGCAGCUGUAACAUCAUCCUCUCCAGAUUCUCCACACAACAAUUCCACAAAUUCCUCAGUACCAUUAACCGAUGUGGCAAGUACUUAA